AUGGAAAUUCAGGCUCCCUACAUGGUCUCUGCUGACACCAACCACAGGAGGAUGGCCACAAUUGCUGAGCAGUGGGAUCAUGAAGCAGAAGAACCUCGGCUAUCAGACUGGUUUACUCCUAAAAAACGUCCUGAUGUAAUAACAACAACUGACUGGCUCGCUCCAGUCAUAUGGGAAGAAACUUACAAUAGACAGGUCCUGGAAAAAUAUUAUAAAAGACUGAACAUUACCAUAGGCCUGGUUGUAUGGUCUACUAGAAAGUUUACAGGACAGUAUCUGAAACAGUUCAUCCAAUCUGCUAAUAAGCACUUUAUGAUUGGCUACAAUGUUAUCUUUUAUAUCUUGAUGGACGAGUUCUCCGUACCUCCCAUAGAGUUAGGUCCCCUUCGAACAUUUAAAGUAUUGCCUAUAUUAAAAGAAAAGUUCUGGGAAGACUUUAAUGUCCUACACAUGAAGAACUUAAAUGCGUACAUCAUAGAACACAUCCAGUAUGAAGUUGACUUUCUCUUCAGUAUGAGUAUAAACCAGAUCUUCAAGAGUAACUUUGGAGUGGAAACCCUGGGCAAAUCUGUAGCUCUACUUCAUGCAUGGUGGUAUUUUGAGAAUGUUAAAAAAUUCCCUUAUGAGAGAAGACCUAAAUCAGCGGCUUUCAUCCCUUUUGGAAAGGGAGAUUUCUAUUAUCAUAGUGCAAUUUUUGGUGGCACACCUCAUGAGGUUUUAACCUUCACUGCAGAAUAUCAAAAAGGAGUAAUUCAUGACAUUGAAAAUGAACUUAGCAGCACAUACGAACGCCACCUAAACAAGUAUUUUUUUGUCAAUAAGCCUACUAAGUUGUUAUCACCAGAAUACAAUUGGGAUCCAACUUUUAGAACUCCUCCACAAAUUAAACAUGUUAAGAUAGCAUGGCAGUCAACCGGGAUUUGAUUGUUAUAUCAUUAGCUUUAUGGGUUAA